GAAUGUCAUCUCCAGCCUACUACUGGAACCGGCUGGAACUUAUUUCUUGUUGCUACGUCUUGAGGGCAAAGGUUACAUCAAGAUUUCGCCGCCACCUCUGACUGUCUCACUUGUUUGUUUUUGUAUUAAAAAGGCUAUUUUCAAAAGCGGCAGGAGGUACUGCUAGCUACCACCACCACCAGACCUGGAAGACAUGGCGCGCCUGGUUGCGGUUUGCAGGGACGGGGAAGAGGACUUCCCUUUCCUCGCAAGGCAGAUUCCCCUGUACAUUGAUGACUCUCUUACGAUGGUAAUGGAGUUUACUGACUGUGUCAUGAACCUAAACAGUCACCAGAUCAACAGCUCUCAGAUGAAGCAGUUUGUUGAGCAUCACAGCAUGCUGAAGCAGCAGGACCUGAACAUUGCUAUGAUGGUGACGUCCAGGGAGGUGUUCAGUGCCCUUUCCCAACUGGUGCCGUGCGUCGGCUGCAGGAGGAGCGCGGAGCGCCUCUUCUCACAGCUGGUGGAGUCAGGGAACCCGGGCUUGGAGCCCCUCACCGUAAAGCCCAGCGGCGUGCUCUCCAUCACCAAGGCUUGCGUGGCCGAUGCCAAGAAGCUGUACACCCUGUUCUACGUCCACGGGUCAAAGUUGAAUGACAUGAUCGAUGGCAUUCCAAAAAGCAAAAAGAAUAAACGCUGUCAGUUGCACUCUUUAGACAUGCACAAGCCCAAGCCCCUGGGGGGGAGCUGGAUGGACGUGUGGGAGCUACUGUCUCAGGAGUGCCGGGAUGAGGUGGUCCUGAUUGACAGCGCCUGCCUACUGGAGACCCUGGAAACAUACUUGCGAAAACACAGGUUCUGUACGGACUGUAAGAACAAGGUGCUGAGAGCGUACAACAUCCUGGUGGGGGAGCUGGACGGAACCACAGAGAAGGGUUACUGUGCUGCCCUGUAUGAGGGGCUCCGCUGCUGUCCCCACGAGCGCCACAUCCACGUCUGCUGCCAAACGGACUUCAUGGCACAUCUCCUGGGCCGCGCCGAGCCCGAGUUCGCCGGAGGUUACGAACGUAGAGAACGACACGCCAAGACAAUCGACGUCGCUCAGGAGGAGGUGCUGACCUGCCUGGGCAUCCACCUGUACGAACGGCUCCACCGCAUCUGGCAGAAGCUGAGGGCGGAGGAGCAGACCUGGCGGAUGCUCUUCUACCUUGGCAUCGAUGCUCUGCGCAAAAGCUUUGAGAUGGCGGUGGAGAAGGUGCAGGGCAUCAGUCGCCUGGAACAGCUGUGCGAGGAGCUGUCCGAAGAGGAGAAGGCCAAGGAGCUGAAGCAAGAGAAGAAGAGGCAGAAGAAGAAGAACAGGCGCAAAAACAAGUGUGGCUUCGACAUGUCCGAGCAGGAGGCGGAGAGCAAGGACAAGAGCCUGGAUGAGGGUUCAUUAGAGUCCGUGGAGAGCGGUGGCUGCAAGGCCUGUGGGAGCUCAGGGGAGGAGGGUCACAUGGGCUGUGUGGAGGUCAUCGUCACGGGCAACGAGAGCACCACCGCCUGCAGCUGCCCGGACAGCACCGUGCCUAUCCUGGACUCGCCCAAAGUCAAGAAAGGUAAUGCUGCCUCUGCCAUCAUCGUCACCACCCAACCACCACCCAAGACCAGACACCUGACCCUGGGUCUGUCACCACACAGCAAUGGAAGUGACUGUGGCUACUCUUCCAGCAUGGAGGGCAGUGAGCCAGGGUCACGGGAGGGCUCUGACGUCGCCUGCACCGAGGGAAUCUGCAACCACGAUGAAGCAGGAGAUCACUUGUGCGUUCACCACCACUGUGCUGAGGAGGAUGGGCUUGACAGCUGUGUGGAGUGCUGGGCCAACUCUGAAGACAACACCAAGGCCAGGAAAAAUAAGAAGAAAAGGAAGAACAAGAGCUUGUUGUGUUUUGACCAGGGUCCAAAGGCAGAACGUUGUUGUGUAAUGGAGGGGAACCGGAGGGGGCGGACCAGUGGAACGUCACAAGUACACAGAACCAAUGAGACGUGCGCCAAGUUGUGUUACGACUCCGUUUCUAGCGUGGCACUGCAGUUACCGUGGGCGGAACAUCGAAAGGCCAUGAGCCAUUAUCUGGAGGGGGACGCCAGUGCCAAGAGCCUCAUGGAACUGCUGGACGACUCUGAAGUGACUUCAGACGAAGAGAACUGUCUCACACAAGAUGAGAUCCGGUCUUUUGUGGAGAGCAACAAGUCCUUCUACAACAACCGCGACCAAUACCGACAGCACCUGAAAGAUAAAUUCACCAAGUUCUGCCGUGGCGGGGGCGAGUGGUUCGCUGCAGCCACUACCAGUGUCAAUUAAGGAAUUUGGGCUAGCACUAAUCUUCUGUCAUGAAAUGUUUUUACUGGGAAAACACUUGUAAUGAUUACCACUGCUCUGCGCUCAUGCCGCCUUCAAGAAAAGCAAACAAAUUCAGAAAUACAUUUUGCUGUCUUGGUGAAUGGAUUCAAAGUAAAUCGGAGUCUUAUUUUCCCCCUUUAGUUUCUGGUUGUCCAUCUCGCUUGGUUUUUCUCCUAUCCUGUCCUCUUUCUGUUAACCUUGUCACACCAUACUUGUUCCUGCACUCACCCACACACACACACACAUUGACCAAAUCCAGCAGUUUCUGUCUGGUCUCAUUUCGUAGUGCUUUUGGUUAAGCGCACAGUGGAUCUGAUAGUCAAGCGUGCAAGCUGUGACGUUUAGGAUUUAGAUGUUGGUAGUCCGUCUUCUGUUUUGCUUCUUUUUUCCCCCCUUCAUUUUACAUUUCGUCUCUUGUCACCUCCUCUGUGACACUUCAUUUUAGUGGAAAAAAGUUGUACCAAUAAAUGUGUACAGAAAUAAAGAUUUUACAGUAAAACAUCCAUUUAUAAUGAGAUUUGGAUGUAAUGUUAAGAGCGCAAUGUGUACAAUUUACUAAAUAAAGAAUAU